UUGCGAAUCGCGUGAAGAUUAUUUUCCACACAGCGCCAGUAGUUAUUUCCUCGCAAGUAGUUCGAAAUUUUACGGGCUCUAAUUGCAGGCACAGCCCUUGCUCAAUGACUUUUGUUGCCUAGUGACGACAGCCUGUCUACUACACCCUGAGAGUACCUCUUCGGACUACGAGACUGAAAGUCGCGGCGCGAGGCAAUUGACGAGAUAGUUACGGGUGUAGACGAAAUAUUUACGGCUGUUGACGAAAUCGUACGAAGUGCGCGUGUGUUACAGUCAUGAAUGGCCAUAGACCCUCGAAAGGGCAGCCGUGUACAUAUAUCGCGCCACUCUAAAACGAGUUAGUUGAUCUCGCAUCUAUAUAUUCGUCCUAGACCAUCAAGGACAGUCUUCGCCUGUGCGACAUGGCGAAGCUCGCACGCGAACAAACAGCUCAUGGUUCCAGCACUGGUAACCCGUUCGCAACGAAGAUCGCGAACCUAGGCGAGCACAGUGCGCGAGAACUCGUCGUCUACCUCGUUAUAGGCACACUCCUUUUGUGUAACAUGUUAUUCUUAAGCACAUCCACAAGUGUAUGGGAGGGGGACCCUUGGGAUCUCCCCAUGCUGCGUGCCCUCGUGACUUCUGGGAAGCUUCGGGGACCUGCGAGUGUGCCACGUCAGCAAGGCGCUGACGGAGCUGACUUGCUGAUGGGGAAGGCUAAUAGCGAGGAUUUCGUGCCGUCCCUCGCAUACGGCAUCACAGGUUCCAAUAACGACACUGACCGUAUUUACCGGCUCCUAUUGGCUACUUACCACCCCCGGAACUACUAUGCCGUCCAUAUAGACGAUGCUGAGUCAGCUUUGGCGCUACGGACAAAGCUCGCCGCCCACCCCGUCCUGGCGGCAACAGUAGCAGUCGGGGCGGCAGAGGCGGCAGGGAGUGGGGAAUAUGUGACUGUAACGGGGGGUGCUGGUCGGAUUCAUGUGAUUAUGGACCCGGAGAUGGUGACUGUAGAGGGGGGCUCGCAUCUGGCGGUCUUGCUGCGAUUGGCGCACACCCUGCUCCGCAUGGGGGAGGGGGAGGCGGAGGGGGAUGGGGGGGAGAGGGGGAGAGAGGGGGAGGGGGAUGGGGGGGAGGGGGGGAGAGAGGAGGAGGGGGAUGGGGGGGAGGGGGGGAGAGAGGAGGAGGGGGAUGGGGGGGAGAGGGCGGGGGCAAUGGAGCCAAAGAAGGGGGCACAGAAGAGUAUUGGGGGGGGGACGAGGGGCCAAGCGAGUGGAUGGCAGUGGCUGGUGCUGCUGGGUGCGGAGGAUUACCCCCUGGUGACACAGGAUGAGCUCCUCUGGCUUCUCUCCUCCGCCUCACCUCGCCUCUCCUUCAUGGACCAUGUGGUCGACCACCGGUUCGACUACCGCCAGGAGAGUGCAUUUGCGGACAAUGCGUUGUUUGAGGGGAGGCGGGGGGGGCGGUGGAUCGCUGAUGUGAGGGAUAGGGUUACCCGGUUCGAGGUGUACACUGGUUCCUUCCCUCUGAUUGCAUCUCAGCCGUUCAUCCGCUAUCUGAUCGACGAGCCCCACGCCGUGCCCCGCCGCAUGCUCAUGUUUCUUGGCGACACCCUCUCGCCCCACUUGCACUACCUGUCAACCGCCGCCUGCCAGUCCGCCCGUUUCAAUCACACAGUGGUGAACAGUGGCCUGCACUUCCCGCCCUUUACAGUCACACAAGGGCAUGAGGUACCCCCUGUCAACGCCUCUGUCUGGCAAAACUUGACUGGGAAAGGUGCUUCUGGGGGAGGUGUCUUCCUCUUCGUGCAUGAUCCGGAUCCGGGCUUGAUUGACGAAAUAGACAGGGAGCUUCUUCACAGGGAGGAGGCGAGUGUAGUGGACUGCAGGGUGGAGUGUACCAGCACAGUGCAACAAACAGCGCAACACAACACGGCCAAAACAAGUGUACAUUCUUUGUUACAGCCAUCUCAAAGAGUUACGGAGCUCAGAAGAGAGCUUCAGAGGACAAUAAUCAAUAACAGGCCAUGUGAGGUAUGAGGAGGUUACCUUGUUACACAUGCUUGACAUUCCUGUAUGGGCGUAUCCCCUGGUUACACACGGAUGGAGCAAUGUGUAUGCAGUAUGGUAGGAUGUGCAUAAGUCAAGCAUCUUGUCUGAUCGCCCCUGACUUGAUCAACCACCAUGAGGUGGGCAAGCUAUUACCAGACAUCAGCCGUGACAUGUUCAUGCAUGAGUUGCAAUGUGUAUGACAACUUCUGUUGACCCGA